ACGCGGAAGCAGUUCAGUCAUCUUUGUUGUUAGCCGUUUUUUCGGCUCUUGCUAAUCGUAGAAGUUUGUAACAGUGAGUUUUCUUCAGAAUGGCGCUCCCGCCGCAGCUGAAGGCGAUCCAGCAUUACUUAAGAACAGCGCAGGAGCACGAGAAAAGAGACCCGGUGGUUGCUUACUACUGUCGACUUUAUGCCAUGCAGACAGGAAUGAAACUAGAUAGCAAGACUCCAGAGUGUCGAAAGUUUCUUGUGAAACUAAUGGAUCAGUUGGAAAUGAUGAAGAAGGAACUCGGUGAUAACGAAUCCAUCUCACAGGAAAUAGUCGGCAAUGCCCAUAUCGAGAAUUACGCCUUGAAAAUGUUCCUCUAUGCAGACAAUGAAGAUCGAUCCGAACGUUUCCACAAGAAUAUGAUCAAGUCCUUCUACACCUCAAGUCUCCUGUUUGAUGUGUUGAGUGUCUUUGGUGAAUUGUCAGAAGAGAACCUCCAGCACCGGAAGUACGCCAAGUGGAAAGCAGCCUACAUCCACAACUGCCUGAAGAAUGGCGAGACUCCACUGCCCGGGCCUAUUGGAAUGGAGGGGGAAGCAUAUGAUGAUGAAUUUGGUGCUGAGGGUGGUGGUCCUUCACAAGCUCCUGACAAUCCUCCUCAUUCCCAGCCUUCUUUCCAUGGCCAUCCAUCAGACCAACCCCCAACCUCCAAUUUCAGCAAUAUUCAGAUACCUCCUGGGUCACAUGCUCCAGCCAAUACACCUGCAGAGAUUCCCCAUCCAGAAGCAGCACAGCCUGUCAAACCAGUGCCUGUUCCUCGAGCCAUGCCAGUGGUCGACCCUUCACUUCUAAACAAUACACAGGAAGGUGAUGUGCGGCUCACACCAGAAGACUUUACUCGGGCUCAGAAAUACUGUAAAUACGCAGGCAGCGCACUGCAAUAUGAGGACGUGGGCACCGCUGUCCAGAAUCUGCAGAAGGCCCUCAAGCUACUCACCACUGGCAAAGAAUGAGAGCAUUGUGCCGUCCCCUUAACACCACUUUAUCAGAGAUCUGGCUCAGAGGAACUGAAAAAGGGCCAUUUCCCCCAGUCCUGCCUGAAUCAAAAAGAAGACACCCCCACAUCACUCAAUACAACAUCUGUUUCUCGCAUAUUAGAUGCCAAUAGUUAUUCAUUACUACACCCAUGAGAUAAAGAUGCAACACACACACACACACACACACACACACACACACAAAGAGUCAGGUGCAUGUGUAAGAAUCUUCUUAAAUUCGGAGGAGUUCAUACAUAUUUAUGGUUUGGGUGUUUGCUUUUUUUUUUUGUUCUGGCCUUGACAAAAAUUGGGGUAGAUAUGCAUAGACAUGACAGUCCGUCUGAAGAUGUCUCUUAAAUAAAAAUUCUCAUCUUACCUCAGGCUCUGUGAAACACAAGCAUUGAAGACUUUAUGACCUUAACUACUUUUACUACUUUCCGUUUGCUUCUCUGUAUAUGCUUAAGGUGGAAGGAUUCUGUUUUAUUCUGGAUUAUGAUCAAGAAUAAACCUUUUUUGAUCCCCUUUUUUGGCA